AUGAGCCGCAAGGGCCUGCAGUCCAAGACGGGCGCCGCCAAGGGCGAGGUGGAGAGCCCGACGGUGGAGACGAUCGACCUGCCUGACGUCGCUGAGCCUGCGCGGGAAGGUGGCCUGCGUGCAAAGGUGGAGAGCGCCGUGGAGAAAGUCAAGGAGAAGGUGACGGGCAGCGCUGCGCCGGCCAAGGCGGAAGAAGCGCCCAAGGCAGAGACCAAGGCAGAGGCCGCGAAGCCGGAUGCCGCGGCGCCCGUGAAGGAGAAGGUGAAGGGUCACCCGCUGCAGCACAAGUGGACGCUGUACUUUGACUCGAAGUCGUUCAACCCUUCGGCUGCGGCAACGACGCCGCAGUCGGGCGGUGCGCACACGCCCGACGCAGCGCACGCGCAGUCGUGGGAGGCGGCGCUGAAGCUGCUCGGCGUCUACACGACCGUCGAGUCGUUCAUGUCGAUCUUCGCCACGCUGCGCCGGCCGUCGCAGCUCGAGCGCAACUCCAACUACCACCUCUUCAAGAGCGGCAUCAAGCCGAUGUGGGAGGACCCGGCCAACGCCAACGGCGGCAAGUGGGUGCUGACGCUGCGCAACACGAGCGGCGCGCUGCUCGACCGCAGCUGGAUGUGGCUCGUGCUCGCGCUCAUUGGCGAGGAGCUCGACGACGGUGACACCAUCACCGGUGCCGUCGUCUCAACGCGUGCCAAGGGCGACCGCAUCGCGCUCUGGCUGCGGACAAAGGACGACGUCGAGCUCAUCAACCGGCUGGGAAAGAAGCUGGUGCACCUGCUCGACGUCGAGCGCGAGCCGGGCGUGUCGCUCGAGUUCAGCUUCAACUCGGGCGGAGCGCCACUG